AGGCGAGACCGGGUGUUGCUGCAGGUACGGCCGCUCUGGGUGGUUCGCGGGUUGUCGCUCCCGCCCAGCCGGUCCCUCCCUCUCCCCAUCCCUCCUUCCUGCUGGCUGCGGGGCGGGAGCGCGGCUGGAGGCAGGUGAGGAGCCCAGAUCACCAGCCGCGUGAGCUUGCCACAUCUUGCCUAAUGGAAUUGCUCAGACUUUCACUGCUGUAAAAGGACAUUUGGAUUCUUCAUAGUUGGCACUGAGAGACUACCCGCUCACUGAGUUUCCAUGGGAUGCAGAUCAUGCCACUGGACUGCCUUUGGGUGAAGGAUGAGUUCUCCGUUUCUCUCAGGAGUGUUCCAAUACAUUUUCUAAAUUACUUUUUAAUGGUGUUCUAAGUGAACUUAUGUGAAACAAGUAGUGUUGGAUCAUGAGUGAAGAAAAAAGCUUUGGUGCAUCCCAGAAAAUGUUGUCUCCUUCAAGAAGUACUAGCAGCUGCUCUUCCAAGCAGGGAAGUCGACAGCAGGACAGUUGGGAAAUUGUAGAAGGACUCCGAGGAGCAAUGAAUUGUACCCAGGAGCCACAGAAGCAGGAGGGUUGCUUGCUGAAAAAGCGAAAAUGGCCUUUGAAGGGCUGGCACAAGAGAUACUUCUUUUUGGAUCGAGGGAUUUUGAAGUAUUCCAAAUGCCAAACUGAUAUAGAGAGAGGGAAGCUUCAUGGCUGUAUUGAUGUCGGACUUUCUGUCAUGUCCGUAAAGAAAUCAACAAAAUGUAUCGAUUUGGAUACAGAGGAGCAGAUAUACCAUCUGAAGGUGAAAUCUCAGGAGCUGUUUGAUGAGUGGGUAGCAAAACUUCGUCAUCACAGAAUGUACCGUCAGAAUGAAAUCUCCAUGUUUCCUCAUGAUGUCAAUAAUCUUUUCUUCCCUGUGUCUACUACUACGGACUCUGUCCCUGGUUUCUGUGAUUCUACUCCGGGUAGAAAGGCAGGCAGCUUGACCAAACAGAACUCAUUGUCAGCUGGAGGUAACUUAUCAUUUUCCUUUUCAAAUAAUGAUUCCACAAUUUCAUCUUGGCUGCAGUCUUCUGAUGACAUGGAAAGAUGCUCAAGAGACCUCUCCAACUGUCACACGUAUUUACUGGAAAUGAACCAGCUGUUACAGAGCAUGGAUGUUCUUCACAGGACAUAUUCAGCACCUGCUAUAAAUGCUAUGCAGGUUGGACCUUUUGAAAGUCCAAAGAAAGAAAAGAGAACACACAGGAGAUGGCGAUCCAGAGUUGUUGGAAAAGAGGCUAAAGGAACAUUACAGGUGCCUUCAGUAUUUUCUGCCCCUAUGAGACUGCAUGCUUCCAAUCCUAACUUAUCUACAAUAGAUUUUGUAGAGGAGAAAAAUUACUCUGAUGGCUCUGAAACAUCAUCAGAAUUUACUAAAAUGCAAGAGGACUUAUUUCACAUUGCACAUAAAGUUUACUUCAUCUUGAGGUCAGCUUUCAGCACCAUAUCUACAGAGAGAGAAAAGCUGAAGCAGAUGCUGGAGCACGAUGCAGCCUCGUCUCCAUCUGCACAAAUAGUUGGCUUGAAGAAUGCCUUAACAUCCGCAAUAGCACAAAACACAGAUCUUAAAGACCGGUUACGCAGAAUACAUGCCGAAUCUAAGAUCCUUGAUUCAGCAUCUAAUGCAAAAUCAAGUCCAGAUUUGGUGAAGGAAAAUUCAAGAGAAGAAAGCAGAGGUCUGGUUCACCAGGUCUCCAAUGAAAGCAGGCUGUCGAUAGCUGACUCUCUCACAGAAUUUUUUGAUGCACAGGAAGUCCUGCUGUCUGCUAGCUCUUCAGAAAAUGAGGUAUCGGAUGAUGACUCAUAUGUAAGUGAUAUCAGUGAUAACGUCUCAGAAGAUAACCUAAGCAAUGACAUGGAGAAUGAAAGACAAACUUUAGACUGUAUUUCUGAAAGUGGAAUUGCAUGCAAUUCUAAACGGAGAACAUGUUUGCCAGCUCCAUGUCCUAAUACGAGUAACAUCAGCCUAUGGAAUAUCCUGAGAAAUAACAUAGGAAAGGAUCUCUCAAAAGUGGCCAUGCCUGUUGAAUUAAAUGAGCCACUUAAUACCCUUCAGCGUCUCUGUGAGGAGCUGGAGUACAGUGAACUACUAGAUAAAGCAGCGCAUACGCCUAACCCAUUUGAACGAAUGGUGUAUAUAGCUGCAUUUGCAGUCUCUGCAUAUGCAUCCAGUUACUACCGAGCUGGAAGUAAGCCAUUUAAUCCUGUGCUUGGAGAAACCUAUGAAUGUAUCCGUGAAGAUAAGGGUUUCCAGUUCUUUGCGGAACAGGUCAGUCACCAUCCACCUAUUUCUGCAUGCCAUGCUGAAUCUGUGAAUUUUGCUUUUUGGCAAGAUGUAAGAUGGAAAAACAAGUUCUGGGGGAAGUCCAUGGAAAUUGUUCCAGUUGGUACAACACAUGUAACUCUUCCAGCUUUUAAAGACCAUUUUGCAUGGAACAAGGUAACAUCCUGCAUCCAUAACAUCUUAAGCGGGCAAAGAUGGAUUGAACACUAUGGAGAGAUCAUCAUCAAAAAUCUUAACGAUGACACCUGCCACUGCAAACUGACUUUCAUAAAGGCGAAGUAUUGGAAUCCAAAUGUACAUGAAAUUGAAGGCAGUGUCAUGGAUAAAGCUGGGAAAGUUGUGCAUCGACUCUUUGGGAAGUGGCAUGAAAGUUUAUACUGUGGGACAACUUCAUCUUCAAACUGCAUAUGGAGAGCAAAUCCGAUGCCUAAAGAUUAUCAACAGUGGUAUGGAUUUACUCAAUUUGCACUGGAGUUAAAUGAACUGGACUCUCAAACUAGGUCAUUACUCCCAUCCACUGAUACUAGAUUUAGGCCGGACCAAAGGUUUCUAGAAGAAGGGAAUAUUGAAGGAGCUGAAAUGCAAAAGCAGAGGAUAGAGCAGCUACAGAGAGAACGACGGAAGGUAUUGGAGGAAAACAAUCUAGAGCAUCAGCCUAGAUUUUUCAGGAAAUCCAGUGAUGACUCCUGGGUGAGCAAUGGAACCUACAUGGACCUUAGAAAAGAACCUGGUUUUUCCAAACUGGACAAUCCUGUCCUCUGGUGAAAGAGGAGCUAAGUGAAGAAAGACUUUCCGUGCUGUAUUCUUGGAUCUGAUUUAGAAGUAUAUGUAAAAUAUAUCUCUCUAUACAUACACCUAUAUAUAUAUACACACACACAUAUAAUAUAUGUGUGGGGUGUGUGUAUGAGUGCAAGUCUGCAUAUCUCCAGACUUGUGCUUAAUUUAGAAUCUGAUAAUUGAUUUGUUUCCUUUACUCUGAUUAUUGCAGUGAUUGUUUCAAUGUAUAAAUACCCUAACUUCUUUUUAUAAAAUAUUUCAUAAAUAGUACUGAAUGUUUCCAGUGAGAGGGAAAAGAUGAGCUUUUACACUACUUUUCCAAUGUGUAAUAAUGUCAGUUCUGAGUUAACUUAUGCCUUAUUGAAUUGAAUUGGAGACAGUAGCAUCAGCACCUCCUAGCUGUGCUGAGAAAUCAGAGUGCAAGCCUUAGUACGGCAAACUGUGUGUAGGCUUCCACAGUUCAACGAGUAGUAAAGCUGUCUCUGGGCUGGUAUAAAUUGCUAAAACAAAUUUAUCAGCCGGUGCUGGAAUCUGAGUAUGAUCUUUUGUUGCCUGUAGAAAAGAUUUCAAUAAGCUUUUGUCUCUAUUAGCUUUCUUAGCAUUAUGAAGAGGUAGUUCUGAGCUUACAUCAGUGGUUCUGCUGCCUUAUGCAUAAACUGUACCCGGCUAAAUGUAGUAUUAGAAAUUCAAGAAUUGCUAAAAUUUUCCACUAGGAAUCUUCCAGAUUUAUAGCCCCCAACAGGGCAAGAGGAGGAGAUCCUUUGUAUAUACUGCUUGAGCACUGACUAGAUGAAGAAGCUCUUUCUUUUUCCAGUAAGUAAAAUCUAUACAGAGCACAAAAUCCUGUGCUUCCAUAGCUUCAUUUGUUUUUAUUAACCUAAAAAAAUUGCAACAGUAAGACUUUUUAAAAAGUAAGCAAGCUGAUUGUUUUAAGCUAGAAUUUUUUUCUUAGUAUUUUGAUAUUUUCUACCUCUUAAGAAAUAAAGAGCAUAUUUAAGAUCUUAUAUUUAAAAAAUUACCAUCUGCCUUAUGGAGAAAUGUAUGGAGUCUUUGAUCUUCCUCUGUUUGUUUGUUAUGUUUAGACAAAUAUUCAAGUGUCUUGCACUAAAUCAAUUGCAUCUCUUUCCUGCAAUUUUAUGCAUAUGGCUAGAUUUGUGAAACUACCAAACCAUAGAUCAGAAAUUUAGCAGGGAACAAAUGUAGCAGAAGUCGCACUUUUGAAUGAAAAUUAUAGCAAUGGGCAGUAUUUUUUUUCUAUCAAAUCACAAUGCCACAAUCAUUAACAAAAUAAUUUGCAUUCCUGCCUAUCUGCAACUCAAGCCUGACCCAUGAUUCUUCAAGUCUGUUCUAUGUCUCUAUGACUGUCUGGCAACAGUACAGUUUCCAAGUUUAGAUCUAUAUCCUGUCACAUAUCACCUCUUUUUUGUACAUGCCACUUCAGUGAUACAAACGCAAAUGCCAUUGGCGUGUUUAACUGACUUAUGACUAGAAGAAUCAGACAAGGCAUGGAUAAGGGAGACUCCUGGGGGCACUAGUAGCUUAGAAAAGCUUGUACUUUACUGUGUGCUGCAUUGUUUUGAAGAAAACCCAUUAAAAAUGGAUCUAUGUAUUAUAUGUAACAUGAAGGAAAUACUAUGAACGCUUCCAUUUUAAACCAAAUCUGUGAUGUAAGAUUAGAUGUAUAUUUGAGUUUUGUUUUCUUUUACCUUGAAGCCCUGUUGUCUUAGAGGCAGACGAAGGCUUUUUCAUUUUGCCCAGGAACUCUGCCUCUGUCGUUUCUGUAAUUUAUUACCAAAGAAGCUAGCGUAAUUCUGUCUAUUUAAUAUGUCUUUUAAAGACUGACUACUAGGCCAGCAGCUUACAACGAGGCAAGGUUCACAUCAACAUGAAGACAAAAUCUCAGCUUUGAUUCCAAAGGAAAUCUUAACCUUUGGGCAUUGCAUGGCUUUUCAAGGAAAGUGAGGAUCUCAUGGCUUGUUCCCUUCCUGUGUUUUGUUCUCGUAUUAACUGUGAAAACUUGGCCCAGAAAUUGAUUGAUAUUUGUAAUUAUCCUUCCUGUUGGUAGUUACCAUUUAUACAAAAAAAUAAGUUUCAUUUAACAAUAAAAAUGAGGAAGGGAAAUCAAAAGAAUAAAAAAGCUUUUAAGAAAGGGAGCAAAAUUUGUGGAAGAUGCAUUAAACUUGCUUAUCAUCCUCUUUGGCAGCCGCUGUGAUUCCUGCCUGAUCUGACUGCUGGGUUUGUAGUCUCUAUGUAUGGAGAGGGAUUUCCCUGUACUUUGACAUAUGACCUAAUAGUUGAUAGCAUCUGAAAUGAUAGGAUUAGAGGCCGAAAGGCAAAGUUUAAGUAUUGUAAUGCAUUAAAAUCAGCAGGUGUUAAAUGAAACAAAUCUCAUAGUGGUGUUCGAGUCAUGAUUUUUUUUGAGAAAUCAAACUGGCAAUGUUGCCUUGUAUCUUACAGUCUAAAAUAUCUACAAUACAUUUGUUUAAUGACAAGCAGUACUGGGCUGAGGAGUGCCUUAUAUAAAAUUUUCUUCAGUAAAAUUGCCAUAUCAUGAAGGUAAACUUUGGAAUUUAACUAUGAUCUCCAGAAAAAUAAUGCCUGAGAAUAACCUAGGGCAUUUCAUAUAUGCAUGAAGCAAAGUCAUUGCACAAGCACCUUUUGUAAAUCUCUGAUAAGCAUUUGCAAACACGAUGUAACUGGUUGUGAAUGAUCCUCUGACCUUGUAUUUCCCACUGCAGUAUAGUUGUCCCUCCUUACUUUUGUACGAAAGAAUUGGGUUUAGUUGUUAAUCUUCUCUUGGCUGUAUAUUAAGAAGUGGAAGAAAAUUGUCUUGAUGUUAGUUCUUUGUAUUUAUGCAUAAAAUAUAUAUUUAUCAAUCACAAAGCUUAAUAUACUCUAUACAGUUAUUCUUGGUAAAAUAUGAAAUUUUGGUAGUUUUCUUCCAUAAACUUCAGAUCUUUCUACAUGAAUGGUAAAAAGAAUGUUUUGGGCAACUUACUGUUUCCUUUCAUACACAGCAGUGAUCCCCAAGCUGUUUAGCUUAAUGUAUCAGUCUUAAAAUUUACUGAUGACUACUUCCUGGUGUUAAAGCUCUCUUAUUUGAUGACUUUGUAAACACUACUUAUUGUGAUUUUGGAGGGCAGUUUGAGAAGCACUCAUCUAGCACUGUCUUCUUUUGUGUGUCUUUUAACACUCACUAUAAACUUAGGUCAAGACGAUGGAGCAGCUUAGGCCCUUGAGUGUUAGAACACUGGCUCAGUUUUCUAAUUACAUAGCAAAGAAAGAAAAAAAAAUCAUGGAAGUAUUGCUCUUGGAAACUGAAACCCACAGCUCUCCUUCCAGGUCUGCAGACUUGACACCUAUGUUCUGAGUUUGGUACAGUGUAAGUUUGGGAUUAUGAAAUAGCGUAACUUGUUUAGAAGGUUACUGUUGGUAACAUAAAGUGCCCUAUAGACUGAGAGGAACUAGAGGGAUUGAAGCCACCGAUCCAGUGAUCAUUAAUAACUGCAUUCUGUUCUGAAUCUCUGUUCUCUGAGAUAUGCUUUAUGUGCUAGUUUGCCAGCACUGAUAUACUUUUUUUAGAUGCUUUUUGAAAAACGGAUCCAGCGAAGGACUCAGGUUCCUUACACAGACCUUGGAAAAUUAGAUUCAUAGAAAGAAGAAAGGAAACAGCCCAAAUUUUGAUAAGGAAAAAUCCUAGAGGCCUGUUCUUCCACUAUCAAAUUUUCUUUGAAGCACUGGAAGCAGGAUUACCUGUCUUCUGAAGGAGGUGGUGGUUGCAGUCACCGUAUUAUUUGGCAGUUUAGUGUUGAAGACAUAUCACUGUACAGAAAGGAACACAAA